AUGUCCCGAGUAAAGCCACAGCAGGCGGCGGAGGUGACGCUGCACCACUUCUUCAAAACGGAGCGCGUUAUCCGCCUGGAGUGCGAGCGGCGGGAGGCCAAGGCACGGCUCAAACUGAUCGACAUCAUGUCAGGGGAUCUGGACGAUCAGCUCCUGUGCGUGGCACAGUUUAAGAAGGAAUGGCUGCAGAGCCGGCGUGCACUGGAGGAGGCCAGGCAGGCCGUUGUGCAGGAAGAGGGCUCGAAGCGUGCAUACGUGGAGGAGGAGUACGUGAGGGCGAUCAACGAAAUGAUUCGUCAUUAUCAUCCGCUUGGCUCUCGCGCGGCAUGA